AUUGUGUUUUCUCUUGUGGUUUUUCUUCCUUCCGGCCGGGUGCUCUAAAAUCAGUUUGAUGUCACUCAGUGCAGCUUGGUAUUGGAACUGUCUUGUAAUGGAUUUGCUUUUACAGUGAUUUUAAUUAUUUUGAGCAUAGAGACAGAGUCCAAUAAAGGAAGUAUCAUUGGUAGCACCUAAUUUUUUCUUGCUCAGCUGGAAACUUACCUGUUUGAAUAUCUGGGUGGCAAUAUCUGCAUUACCUUUCUGCUGUGUGUGUUGACAUCUUGGAUAGUAUUAUUUGUUUGGGUCUUUUCGCCUUUGGGUCUUCGUGGUUCUGACCAUUCGUGGAACCUGUGCAACUCCUCUGUGAGCACGGUGGCAAAGGCAGUGUGAAGAUUGAUGUACGGUUCCUUCUGGUCUUUAGUCUUGGUGUUUUUUUGCUUCAGUAUGGCACAGCCUCAGCAAGUGGGAGGUACAGAUGAAAAAGAGAAGACCACUGCCUUGAAAGAUCUGCUUUCUAGAAUAGACUUGGACGAGUUAAUGAAAAAAGAUGAGCCCCCACUUGAGUUUCCUGAUACCCUAGAGGGGUUUGAAUAUACAUUCAAUGAAAAUGGACAACUCAGACACAUUAAAACUGGAGAACCCUUUGUGUUUAACUUCCGGGAAGACUUGCACAGAUGGAACCAGAAGCGAUAUGAAGCUCUUGGAGAGAUUAUUACAAAGCAUGUCUAUGAGCUGCUGGAGAAGGAGUGUGAUCUGGAGAAAGUGUAUUUGCCAAUAGAUGCCAGUGAAAGUGAACCAAAAAGUUUUAUUUUCAUAAGCAAAGAUGCAAAGACAAACCCGGACAAAAUGUUGGUUUUAAUCCACGGCAGCGGAGUGGUGAGAGCGGGGCAAUGGGCACGAAGACUUAUAAUUAAUGAGGAUCUAGAUAGUGGAACUCAAAUACCUUAUAUCAAGAGAGCAAUAAAGGAAGGCUAUGCAGUCAUCGUGAUGAAUCCAAACGAAAACUACAUUGAAGUGGAAAAAAGCAAAACUCAAGCACAACAGCCAUCACCAGACAGCUCAGACGAACCCGCAGAAAAGAGGGAAAGGAGGGAGAGAACUCCAAAAGAGACCAAGAAACGAAGAGACUUUUAUGAGAAAUAUAGAAACCCGCAAAAGGAAAAGGAGACAAUGCAGCUAUUCAUCAGAGAUAAUGGCUCUCCAGAAGAACAUGCCUUAUAUGUAUGGGAUAACUUCAUUUCAAAGGCGGCAGCUGAGAAUGUGUUUUUUGUUGCUCACAGUUAUGGAGGGCUUGCUUUUGUGGAGCUGAUGAUUCAACGUGAAGCUGAAGUAAAACAUAAAGUUACUGCUGUAGCCCUGACAGAUUCUGUCCAUAAUGUAUGGCAUCAAGAAGCCAGUAAAACGAUUCGAGAAUGGAUGAGAGAGAAUUGUUGUAAUUGGGUAUCGAGCAGUGAGCCACUCGACACAUCAGUGGAGUCCAUGUUGCCAGACUGCCCACGCGUUUCUGCAGGAACAGAGCGGCAUGAGCUGACAUCUUGGAAGAGUUUCCAGUCUAUCUUUAGGUUCUUCACCGAAGCCCUAGAAGCCAAGAACAGCAAAAGCAAGCCAGCAUCUAGCAGGCGCUCCAGCAGAAUAAAGCACGAGGAGCUUUAAGAGGGGGCUAUGAAGCAAGCCCUCCCAGGCUCUCCCCAUGCCUGGUUUUUAAGUCUCUCCAUCCCUCAUUAGAUUGUUUUCUUCCUAGAGCACAGGGUCAUGAUGUAUACAUUUAAAUAGCGUUUUGCAUUAUUUCUAGAUGAGUGCAACUGUCAAAGCAAUAUGGGUUCACUGGUUGUGCUUCCUGUGGACUGCUGCUUGGAUUUUGUGCUGCCCAUCAGAGCACAGAUUAAGGCUGACAGCAGUACUGCACAGUGCAGCAUGGUGCAGCUCUAAUUGCCCUGACACAGCCCUGUACUGAGCUCAUGUCACAGCUUGUCUGCUACCCCAGUACCCUGGGCUUGCUCACUCUUUACCUCUAUUACCUAUUAUACUUAACCCUUUUGUGCUGGCUGGGAUCUCAAUGCCUUUACAAAAGAAGGACGAAAACCCAUUUUAAACCUAUAUGUUUUCUAUCAUUUAUACCUUUUACAAGAGCAUUUUUUUUCUUUUAAUCCAAUUUUAAAAAGCCUAUGUUUAAACAUCACUGGCUGGGAGCUUAGCAAAGUAUUGCAGCUUUCUGGCAGUCAAGAGGGGGUAACUUUGAUAAUUAAAUGGACAGCAAAUUGCUAUGGAUUUACCCCUCCUCCUAUAAAAUGGUAAUGUUUAUGACAUCAUAGGUACCAAUUUUCCAAUCAUGGUUUGAGACACUUUAUUUAGAUGCGCUCAGACAUUUUUAGAAUUUUAACCCUUCCCUUGUGCAUGGUAUUAUAUAGCAGCUUAGAGUAUCACCAUAGUAAUUGUUUUUCAGUAAUAUCAGUUCAUACCUGCCUGUAUAUAGGGAUUGGGGAUUUGUAACUUUUAAUGAGUUACAUCAUUAUCAGUCUAUUUCUACACUAUGAAAUACUGUGAACUUCAGCCUGUAUUUUAGUGUAAACUUCAUAAGUUUUCGGAUGGAUUAAAAAAUAAAAAUAAAAUACUUAUGGAUGUUAAUCAUUUUUUUACUGUAAAUCAAAUGAUCUAUUUUAAGAUAGGAAUGAGGUUGCUUAAUUUUUUUUAAUUAUUAGAUAUAGUAUAUUGGGAUCAUGGGGAAAAAACAAACAGAAAUUGCUGAAUUUAACUUCCAUUGGUACUGUAGGGCCAGACCUACUAAACUAGCUGAAACCAAGUGUGUUGCUUAGCUACUGAGAAACGUAUAAGUAGUCUGAUCCAUGUUAAUAAGACUAUAAAUAUUUCAUUAUUUGUAUUUGUAUCUCCUCUGGUUUAGGGCCAAUGACCUCUAUUUCCAUGGGAAGGCAAAUCUUAAAAUACAGAAUCAUUUUCUUUCUACCUAAUUUUGCAAAAAUUGUAUUUCACCCUCCAGCUUGCCCUUAUGCUAUCUGGAUUAUUUUCUUACCAAUUGAAACACUGUGAACAGUAGAUGCAAAAAUCUAUCAUUUGGGAAGUAGAGUUAUUUUUAAAUCUAAAAUCAUUUUUAUAUGUGUUUUGGAUUCAUAAAUAAAAUUUAGAGAUAUAUUUGCACACUAUCAAUUCUCAGCAUUUUAUGUAUAAAUAUGAAUUGUUUAUUGUAACAUGAAUAAACCCUUUUAAUAUUAAGUGUUAGAUAUCAUUUCCAUAUUUGUAAGUGAGGAGUUCACAGAAUCAGUGUAUUUCAAGAACAGAUUUUAAAUUAAAAUGAUAUAUCUAUGGUAAUUAUAUUAUAUACUUGCCUCUUUAUAGUGGAUCAGAACAAAUUAAUGUAGCAGUAAAGACAUUUUUUUUUAAAAAUGUGACCAUCAUUUUAAAUCCUUAUGUAUUUCUUUGGUUAAUGACAAAAAAAAUGCAAAUUGAGUUAAUAUUUUACAUUAUAGAGGACAAGUUUACAUUAUAUAUUUUAUAUACAAAAAACAUAUGUGGGUGUGUGUAUAUAUAACCUAUAACUAAGUAACAGAACAGUGUAUCUAAAUCAAGUGACUGUGACUCCUCACAAACCCAUCCUAAGUUGAAUUAUUUUCCUCCUGUCAAGUUUAUACUGACUUAUUUUUUUGUUAUGGCUUCCAAUAAAUAUGAUUAUUUCUUUUUAAACAGAACCAUGAUCUAUUAUUUGAAUACAACUAAAGGCCAUGUUCUUUUUGUCUGUUUACAUAAUCUUACACAAUAUAUAUAUAUAUAUAUAUAUAUAUAUAUAUAUAUAUAUAUAUAUAUAUAUUAAUUUUCAUUUCAAAAGUCACACAUUUUAGCUUGUUUUUAUCAAUUUAAUGAUUUGAUUAAAAAAAAUGAAAUGUAGAAAUAUUUGGUAUUUUGACUACAUCACUUUUUGUAUGUCCCUUACUCAUGCUCUUGAUUGAAUUGUGAGAAAUGUUUCUGUUACAAUUUGUAAAGCACAGGAGGUUCUUAAACAUUGUAUAUUUCUGUUUACACUUAAUAAAACCUUUGCUCUUGUAA